GAUCUUAUAAUUACUCCGAUAGUAAGCGUCAAAUAUCGCGAACAUCUAGGAAAGGGAGUGAAAUGAUCAUCUAACAAAACAGUUAGCUAAUCUGUCAAAUAAGGGAGUUUACCAGGGCUCCUAAACUCAACGCGGCUCAGAUUCUAACCCAGGUUUUACAUCAUAGGCGGAGGCAGCCAACUGGCGUGAGGAUGCCAUGCAUUCUGGGAGCUGUAGUUUCCGGGCACCUCCUCCCAACUACGAGCUCCACAAAGCAGCUGGAGGACGGUUGCUUGGUAUUACUAGCAAGCGGAAAGUAUGGCGAUGGCGCGCGUCGACGCGGUUUUGCCUCCCGGAGAAGGAUCAGUGGUUAAUUGGUCAGGGCAGGGGCUACAGAAAUUAAGUCCAAACUUACCCUGUGAAGCUAAUAUUCAUACUUUGAUUCUGGAUAAAAAUCAGAUCAUUAAAUUGGAAAAUCUUGAGAAAUGCAGACGAUUAAUACAGUUGUCAGUGGCUAAUAAUCGGUUGGUGCGGAUGAUGGGUGUGGCCAAAUUGACCCAACUCCGGGUGUUAAAUUUGCCUCAUAAUAGCAUCGGUUAUGUGGAAGGGCUAAAGGAACUAGUACAUUUGGAGUGGCUGAAUUUGGCAGGAAAUAAUCUCAAGGCCAUGGAACAAAUCAUUUGCUGCACAGCUCUACAGCACCUUGAUUUAUCAGACAAUAACAUACCACAGAUAGGUGAUCUGUCUAAAUUGGUAUCACUGAAGACCCUGCUUUUACAUGGAAACAUCAUCACCUCUCUUAGAAUGGCACCUGCUUAUCUACCCAGAAGUCUUGCUAUACUUUCUUUGGCAGAAAAUGAAAUUCGAGACUUAAAUGAGAUUUCUUUUUUGGCAUCCUUAACUGAAUUGGAACAGUUGUCGAUCAUGAACAAUCCUUGUGUGAUGGCAACACCUUCCAUUCCAGGGUUUGACUAUCGGCCAUACAUCGUCAGCUGGUGCUUAAACCUCAGAGUCCUAGAUGGAUACGUGAUUUCUCAGAAGGAAAGUUUGAAAGCAGAAUGGCUCUAUAGUCAAGGCAAAGGGAGAGCAUAUCGGCCUGGUCAGCACAUCCAGCUUGUCCAGUAUCUUGCUACAGUUUGUCCUCUUACUUCUAAACUGGGUCUUCAAACUGCAGAGGAUGCCAAACUAGAGAAGAUUCUGAGCAAGCAGAAGUUUCACCAGAGGCAGUUGAUGAACCAAAGUCAAAAUGAAGAGUUGUCUUCUCUUCCUCCUGUUGAAACAAAGGCAUCCCUUGUACCUGAGCAUUCAAGCCCUGUUCAAGAUUGCCAUAUAAGCCAGGAAAGUGAACCUGUCAUCCAAGUCAAUUCUUGGGUUGGGAUAAGCAGUAAUGAUGAUCAGUUAUAUGCUGUUAAGAAUAACUUUCCGGCCUCUGUACACACUACAAGAUAUUCUCGAAAUGACCUGCACCUGGAAGACAUACAGACAGAUGAAGACAAGUUAAACUGUAGUCUUCUCUCUUCAGAGUCUACUUUCAUGCCAGUUGCAUCAGGACUCUCCCCAGUAUCACCUACAGUUGAGCUGAGGCUACAAGGCAUUAACUUAGGCCUAGAAGAUGAUGGUGAUGCAAAUGAAUCUGUGAAAGAACAGGAGAACCGGGACUUGGAUAAGGAAGAGGAAAAAGCUUUUUGGGCUGCAAAUGAGUAUUCUGUUCAAAUGAUGAAAAGUGCAGUCAGUACAGAGGUAAAUGAGAAAGAUGGGCUAUUACCUUGUCCUGAGCUGACAGUAACCAAUGCUGUCUUGAAAGGGGACACCCACAGUCUUACCUCUUUUCCUGAGUCAGUUGGACACAAUGUCUUCCACAUACAGCCAGACAGUGAAGAAACCAUGUCUCAGACAGCUUCAGAGAAACUCCCUUGCAGAGUUUUAACCCAGAAAUCUGUUCCUUUGGGACAAGAUAAAAUUGUCCCCCAGAAACUGAAUGAAGCAGCCACCAAACUUCAGGCCUAUUGGCGGGGCUUUUGUGUCAGGAACUACAAUCCUCAAGCUAAAGACGUGCGUUAUGAAAUUCGGCUGCGCAGAAUGCAGGAGCACAUUGUCUGCCUAACUGAUGAAGUAAGGAGGUUAAGAAAAGAAAGAGAUGACGAACGUAUUAAAAAUUUUGUACAAGAAGAGGCUGUCAGAUUCCUUUGGAACCAGGUAAGAUCUCUACAAGCUUGGCAACAGACAGUGGACCAGCGUCUCAGUUCCUGGCGUACUGAUGUUCCUCCUAUAUCAAGUGCUCUGGUGCCAUCUGAACCUCCAUUAUUCACCCGAAGUCAGGAGCCCUCUUCUGAUCAAGAUUCUGAUUGGUUCAUUGCUCCUGAUGAAGCUCCUCAAGAGAAAUCCUUACCAGAAUUUCCAGACUCUGGUUUUCAUUCCUCCCUAACAGAACAAGUUCACUGUUUGCAGAAUUCUUUGGAUUUUGAAAAAAGUUCCACUGAAGGCAGUGAAAGUUCCAUAAUGGGGAAUUCCAUUGAUACAGUCAAAUAUGGGAAAAAAUCAGAUGUAGGGGAUGUUAGCGAAGAACGUGGUGAAUGGAGUAAGGAAAGCUCAAACAAUGAGCAGGAUAAUAGUCUGCUUGAACAGUAUUUAACUUCAGUUCAACAGCUAGAGGAUGCAGAUGAAAGGACAAAUUUUGCUGAAGGUACAGGAGAUAGUAUGUUUCACAUAGCUCGUUCCCCUGAAAAGUUAGAUGCCUUGUCUGACAGUGCUUCUGUAGAUGAUAUUCAUGGCGUAUCUCCUACUUUGCAAGAUGAGAUCAACCAGACACCAGAGAAUUGUAAAUUAAAUGCAGAAGUUCAAGGGCAGCAGUCAGAAUGUGAUUCUACAUUUCAGAUAUUGCCUGUUGGUAUUAUUGUGUAGCAUGUCUGGUUGCUUGGGAAAAUCUUAAUAUUUUCAGUUGCUCUUUUUUUUUUUUUUUGAAGGGAAAUGGGAAUAUUCCCCCCAGUUUUGUUACUAUUUAUGUUGAAUUUGUAUUCUUGCCUCAUAAUUUCCAUAGAUAGUGAGCUGAGUCUUCAUUUUGAUUUUGUUAGCUUUAUACUUAGCUGUAAUGUAUCAAACAGUAUUUAUUUUGAAAGCUAUAUGCACUUUAUUUCUUAACUGAAUUGCAUCGACAGUGUUUUUUUCUGUAUUUCCUUUGAAAAAUAAACUAGAAUAUCUUAGAGAAGAUAGAAAAAUUUACCUUAAAGAUAUAAAUAAGAGAAUUUUGACUCUGGGGAAAUUAAUUGUGUUGUGAGGAAUGCAAUUCGUUAAAGUGAAUAUAAAUGACAAAUAUGAGGAUUGUGAACUAUUGAAAUUUGCCAGCCUCCUUGGAGGAAGAACAUGUGUUUUUAAGACUUUUUUCCCCCCUUAUGAGUCAAAGAAAACUGUCUUGUAUGCAAAUAGGGAGAGAAGAUAAAAUUAUAGGACUUUUCACUAGGGUUAACUAAAUUAUCUCAUGGAGAACUUUAUAUCAUCUAUCAGUUUUAACAUAUGAAGCAAAAUGUUCCAUGCAUAAUUAAAAUCAAACUUAUUUAAAGAGAUAACACAAUAUUUCUCCCAGAUAUUUGCUUAUGUAUUUCAGAAGGUCGUGGUCAUUUACUUCACUUUCGACCUCAGCCUCAUAAUGAAGAACAUUUAAAAUAAUACUAGUGGUGGAAUAUCAAUGACUUUUUUUUUUAAAGAACUAUUUUUUAUCUAAAUAUCUGAAAAAAAGUGCUACAUUUAGAAGACAAUUUAAUGGUGGGUAAGAAAAAAUAAACCUCACUUAUCUCGUUAAAAAAGAAUAUUAUCUCUAACUCCAGGAAAAAAUGAUAAUAUUGUGUUUGAAUGUUAUAGAUAGAUGUAUUUGCAAAUGAAGGAUAGUUUUUGGAAGCUUGAUAUUUUAAUCUUUAAGAACAUUCUGAUAUCAUUGAACAACACAUAUCUGAUUUCCCCCAGUUUAUGGACAUUCAACUAGUUAAAACAACGGCAGUAUUUAAGUGUUCUUUAAUUUUAGGUGCUAAAUACCUAUUCAUUAUUCUAUUACAGUCACUGGGUCCCCUUCUUUGAAGUUAUAUAAAAUAACUUCUGAUCCUUCAAGAAUAAAGUCAGGGAUCAUAUGUUAAUACUCUGUUGAUAAUUAGAAACAUUUCUCCAGUAUGGAUAAGGUGUAUUUUUCCUGGUUUAUAAAUAUGUAGCACUCAGGUUGAGAAGACUUGGAUUUUGUUCUCAGAAAUCUAGAAUCUCUUGAAAAGGAAAUAUUUUCUGUCUCUUAUAAACUGAACAGUAGUCUUACGUUCAAAAGUAUUUCCCCUAGUGAAGCAUGUGUAAUGUUGAAUGCAUGUUAUAUACAAAUAGAAUUUUUAACUUUUUGAAUAAUAAUAAUUAUCUUUGUGAAUAGUUUUGAAUUUCUUCUUAAAUAUACCCUAUUUUUCUAUUUUACAGUUAAGUGCCUCAUUUGCUGCCCAUGGUUAGACAAAGAAAAACCAAUUUGUAUAGCACUAGUGCCAAAAGUGCUGCUUCAUGGUUCAUCAGUUUUCCAUAAAAGCUCCUGAAAUGUCAUGCUUCAGUAUUACCUAACUAGAUUUCUGCUGACAUCAUCUCCCUCUUCUCUUUUUUUUUUUAAGAAAUGGCAAAACACAACUAAAUUCAUUUGUCAGCAAGAUUUCCUUUUUUAUCUUUGCCUUGUUUUUCUAGCCUAUGAAUAGUAUUCAGCAUACUUUUAUUUUAAAAUUGGCAGAGUAUGAUAAUGAUUAAUAGUCUGCUCUUCAUUCUAUUUAACUUUACUAGUAUUUUGAAGCGCAAGAAUAUUUAGUAGCCCCCUGGCUACCUUAACUGUACAAAUUAUUUUGAAUGUAGAUAGAAUGAAAUAAUGUAAAUUAGAAUGCAGGAAAACUGUCAUAGACCUAAUAUAUUUUAAUAGGUUUACAAUAUAAUUUAAAAUAAUUUAUGUAACUAAGAUAUUUGAUUUUAACUCUAUGGGCUGUUCAUUGGUGUAGCUAAAGGCCAAAUGAGUCUAGUAAGGUUUGGGAAGUUGAGCUUCAACAUGGUCUUUGUGUUUUUUAGUUCAGCUGUGUUAUUUUAGUUCAUAUCAGUUCUCUUGAUUUAUGGAAAAUUCAAUAUAUCAGAUAUUUCUGCAGAAGCACAGAAUAAUACCAUGUGAGAAUUAGAAGGAACUUUAGAGAUGAUCUAUUCUAAUAUCUUUGUUUUGAAGAUGAAACUAAGGCACAGAGAAGUUAAAUAACUUGUCUGAUGUUUUAGCCAGUUAGGAGUAAAUAAACCAAAAAUGUACAAGUUAUUGUAUUCCAAAAAAGUUAUUGUAUUCCAAACUGGUGGAGUAAAUAAACUGAAAAUUUAAAAGUAA